AUGAAUCGCGAGCCGCGUGUGUCACUUCUUCCUACCCAGACAGCAUCAGCGGCUGUCGCCAUCGCGGGAAUCUGCGCUGCGAAUUGUGUCGUGUCCAUUAUCAGCACAUGCCUUUAUUAUUCCGAGCUUCACCACUUGCAUGAAUUCCCUUUUUUCGCUGCACAGCUGAAUGCUGCAAUUGGGGCCCUGCUUUCGGGAUGCUUACUGACGGUAAUGCCAAAGGACUCGAGAGCAAGCUCUUGUCAUCUGACAUACUGGUUCCGCUUGGCGGCGCUCCUGUCCGCUCAGAACUCCUUGGAGAUUGUGAGCAUUCCUCGGGUGGGCAAUGAUGAUUUGCCACCGAUUCUUCAGCAGGCUGUGGUGCCGCUGUCGUUAAUGCUAUCGGCAACCAUGCUGCGCAAAAGCUACAGCACAGUGCAACUGAUGGGAUCAGCAGCUGUGGUGGCAGGGGUGUUUAUCGGCUUCCUGCCGAGCCUCUUUACUUCCGACAGACUGGGGCAGAUCCGCCUGGUUUGGGUGGCGGUGUUCCUCAUCUCUCGCCUUCCGCAGGCCGCGGCAAACGUCGCUGCAGAAGGCUUCCUGGAAGGUCAUCGCGAUUUCUCCUGGGCGGUGCGGGCCACACUCUACACUCAACUGCUGGGGAUCGGCGGCGCCAUGUCGUGGCGCCCUGUGAGCCUGCCACCAGGAGAGAGGUUGAUUCCCGCUUCUGCAGAUGUGCCGGGGCUUCCCCGACGCACCUUGGGCAUGCCGGAGCCUGCCGAGCUCGCCGACAUCAGUGCAGCGGAAGACCUUUACGAAGAACAGGCCUCAGAGCUGUUCCUUCCGGAGCCGUAUCCAAUCGCCGCGAGGAUGUCUGGCUGCGACAAGAUUCGGGCCACACUAAUGCCUUGGAUAGCAUUUGUGCUCAGCCUCAGUUUAUUCGUUUGCCUCUACCACGACCAUGCGGCCAUUGUUUGGAUGCUGGAGCUUUCCUGCAUGGUGCUUUGUGUUUUGAGCAUCAGCCUGGGAAGAUUUGCACGGAACGCCACGCUGAUGGCCAUUGGCUUCUUGUGCCUGGCAUCCAUUGGACUCGGAGCUGCUGUGGGGACCUGGCUGGAAGCCGGGUAUUUGGAGAGGUUUUGGCAGCUGUACCGCUCCUCCAGUUAUCAGAUCGUAAAUCCGUAUGAUGCCUCUCGCGAAGUGGACAUGGUGUCCUUUCUAAAGUUCGUCGAUGGUACCGUGGUCGAUGAGAAGCAUUCUUUAGGACACCUUGCGAGGGGGAGCAUCUACUGCGUGGCGCCUGUCGUCCUGGAGCAUCAGGUGGCCAAGCAGGUCCUGUACUGGGCUGUCGGCAAGGACUGUUGUGGCAGGAGGAGCAACUUCUCCUGUGGUUCCUUUCUGCAAGGCAUCAUGGUGGAGCAGGACGACGUGUUCGGGCGCGCAGUUCUGCAAGCCUCAUCUGUGUUUGGCAUCAAGGCAGCUGCAACACCAAGAUUGGUGGCUCUUCUCGAACAUCCUUCCCAACUUUUGGCACAGCUUUGGUACGAGGCCUGGCCGCAAAAUCUGUUGACACUAGUUCGCACAGCUCUGUCGCCACCAGGUGCAGAUGCAACUUACAAAGGAGAUCUUUGGGCUGAAGUGCUUCGUCAGAACCGCCAAUGCCUCCAGAGCAGGAAGCAAUCAAGUUCGGCAAGUCCCUGCAACUUUCUGGCAGCGCUGACAGUGUCGGCAGCCUGGAAGGGUGAUGUUGCCAUUGUGUUAGAGGACUACUCCGGUGGAUUGGGCUGUCUUUUCGGAGGUGAUUCGUCAUGCGCUGGAGCCUGGCACAGCGUCCUCCUCUUUGCCUUUCCAGGUAUGCUGUAUACAUUGACAGAGUUCCAAGUUCUGCAAGCUGCCUCUGCUACAGCCUACUUCUUGCUCGCGGCGUUGCAGCUUCCCUUGCAAGACCUCACGCUCUCAGUGCUUGAUAAUACGAUGGCGGCAUUUCGGUUUUCGAUGCUGCCAGCAAUAGGGCUGGUGGCAGCCGGGCUGGUGCUUUACGGCCGCGGCUCCAAUAUCUCCGCCGGCCUUGAGAUAAACGGGAUUAACACUGUGUAG